AUGGCGAUUGGACAAGCAACCAAGCGGAAGGUUCUUACUGAGUCUUUUCCCAGGCUCUCCGGUCAGGGACGAUCUGGCGCAGUCACUCUCAGCACCCUUGGGCCGCCACUGACAUUUCUGAUCGACUGCGAGCUUCACGUCUCUCGAGACGCUCCGGGCAUCCAGGGAGGGCCGAGCAAGGGAGACUAUGCGAGGCAUGAGAUGAGAUGCGCUGCAAAUAGUCAGAAGGAGGUUGCCUACUCCCUCUAUCACCAACUACUCGCGCCAUUCAGUGCUGUCGUCCUUGUCUUCGUGGAGGAUUUCAGGAACGCCUCCGAAGUCACAGACCUUCUCAUCGACUGGCUUCGCUCAGCCAUGGAAAAACGACCCCCAUAUAGUCCCAGAAUUGUCCUGGUGACUGAGACAGGCGCAACCCUUGAUCUGAAAGACUUUUUUGUCACGCUUGGUGGCUAG